AUGCCCGGGCCUAGCCGUGUCUCUGCAGGAGCUCUGUCUGCACCCGCCUCCACGUCCACUGCCCUGCGGCCUGCAUCGUCCCAGUCUUGCAGCCCUCCGUGCUACAACUGUCGCCGCCGACGCCUGCGAUGUGAUCGUUCCCGUCCGACCUGUCGAAAAUGCUGGGUUUCGGGUGAGGAGUGUCUGGGCUACGGCACCGUCCUGCGGUGGGCCAAUGGUCCCGCCAUCCGCGGCAAGCUCGCCGGGGGUCGUUUCGGCUCGCCGCCGCCGAUAACAUCGCCAAGAGAGCCGGAUGAAAACGAGGCCCUGGUUCUCCAUCAGACAUUGCUUGACCCGCUUCUUGCUACUCUUGACAAAAAGUCACGGCAUUACAUCCACCACUUCGCGACGGCUGUGUGCCAAGACCUAGUAUCUGUUGACCAGCAUGAUCGGAACCCCUUCCGGACCUUGGUGCCUCUGUCAGGGAAGUUCGACUUCUUGGAGGCCAUCAUCGUGGCCACGGGGGCCAUGCAUAUGGCCUCGCUGCAUGGGAGCCGUCAAACCUACCAGCCGUCCCGCACAGAACUGAUUGAUGCGCUUGUGGCCAAGGACAAAGCUAUCAGACUACUGCGGACAACAAUUAGCGACCUGAUGAGCCGUCCCGAGAAUCAGGCCAUGGUUUUGGCCGCAACCGUCUUCCUCAUUAACGUAGACCUGAUUGACUCCGGUAAGGGGGGCUGGCAGGCUCAUAUUGAAGCAGCUACUGCUCUCAUGUCUUCUGUGCAUCAGCUGGCCCAGAUGAUGGAUCCCUCGCUUGUGACCCUCGUUGACGCCAUCGCAGCCGACUGUUUGACCUACCGCGUGCUAAGUGCUGCCAUCAGCGGCGUAGCCUUGCCGCCACGGGCUGAAAAAGAGUUGGUUGACUUGUUCUCAAUCCUUAAGAGGGCUGAGCCAUACAGUUACCACUGCUGCCCUCCGGACAUUCUCCGCAUUAUCCUAUCAGCGAGCUGUCUCGGUGACGAGGGUCGCAUCGAAGCAGCCUUGAUGCUCUUCCAACAAGCUCGCACAUUUGACGUCGUCAACUGGGUCUACAGCAUCCGUGGCCUAUCACCGAACGACGACCUACCCGUUCGCGUAAGCAUUGCUCUGGCUCACCGCGCCACAGCCUGCUUGUACGUGCUGCUUGCCGUGCCAGAAGCCGCAACAGGUUCUUUAUCACCGGACAUGCUUGUCGAGGAGGUGCUCAACCACCUAGCCGGUGUGCCCAUCGAUCACGUCCUCCUCAAGGGAACCGUGUGGCCGACAUUUAUGGCAGGCGCUCAGACCGACAAUCCGAAGCAGCGACAGUGGUGUAUUGAGCGGUUGGAGGCUGUGUGGGCGAGGAAUCCAUGGAUCUGUCCAUGGGGCUACAUUCGCACGGCCAUUGAGAUGCUGAACCGCCUGUGGCAGGCGAGAGACAGCAAUCCAGCAGGCCCGGAGAAGACGAAUUGGCUGCAGGAGGUCAGGAGCAUGCGCGACAAGUGCCUAAUCGUGUGA